AUGCUCUGCAUCCUGACGCCAGAAGAGGCUGGGGGUCUCAUGGAGUUGAAGCUCGCGAUUGAGGAAGCAACAGGCAUCCCACGCUGGGAGCAACAGCUAGUUGCAGGGACGGAGGAAUUGACAGAGCGAAACUUCUCUAGCCAGUUCUCCCCGGACCUCACUCUGCUCCGACAGAACCUGUCUGCCAAAGACUGGCGGCAGAUCGUUGAGCGGAAUCCGGAGGCAUUUCAACAUGCUCCAACCUCUGUAAAGCAAGAUCGAGAUGUCGCUCUGAAGGCCAUCUCUCAGGCCGGCCAUUCUUUGAAGUACGCCAGCUGUUUGCAAGCGGACCGAGGGGCGGUGAUGACGGCCGUCCAGGAGGCAGGCUCUGCACUGCAAUACGCAGCGGAGCCUCUGAGGUCAGAUCCCGACGUCGUCCUGGCUGCGGCACGGAAUGAUGCCCAGGCACUCGCCUACGCAUCGAGCCAGCUUCUUGACGAUCACCGCUUCCUGCUGUCACUUCUGCGGCGGAACAGCGCUGUGUACAGCGUACUUCCAGCGCAACUUCGCGAAAGCUUUGACUUUGCGCUGGCCGCCGCAGAGCAGAACGGCGACGUGCUCGUUCACAUGAAGCAAGAAUUCCGAGAGGAUCCGGCGCUGGUGGCUGCAGCUGUAAAACAGAAUGGUCUUGCCAUAAGGCAUGCAGCACCCUGGCUCCGGGCGGACCGUGACUGUGUACGAUUAGCAGUCUCUGAAAACGAAGGGGCUCUGCAGUAUGCGGCAGGCUCCCUUCAAGCAGACAGGGCUCUUGUUUUAAGUGCGAUUCCAGAGACUGGGCUGGGGCUGGCACUGCAGCAUGCAUCUGAAGAGCUCUUGCGGGAUCGCGACUUCCUUCUGGAUGCCAUCCACAAGAAUGCGGAUGCUCUUCUCCAUUCGCCAGCAGAGGGCUUGCAUAACUGCCGUAGCUUCAUGAUGGAGGCUGUGCGACGGAACGGAGGGGCCCUCAAGAACGCGACGUCCGACCUACAGGCAGACCCGGAGGUGGUCAAAAGUGCCAUCCGCCACCAGAGUGCGGCGUUCCUAAGUGCAGCAGUCAGCCUGCAGACAGAGCCUAGCUUUGUUAAGGAAGCACUCGAUGUCAAUGGGCUGAUCAUAGAGCACCUCGGCGAGAAAUUUUCUCACGAUCAUGCCAUGGCAAUGCGUGCCAUUCGACAGAACUGGAAGUCGUUCCGAUUCUUGCCUCUUCCCUUGCGCAAAGAUCGGGACAUUGUCCUGGUGGCAGUCCGGCAAAAUGGCAUGUCCGUGCGGUAUGCCGCCGCCGGUGCACUUGCAGAUCCUGAAAUCGCCAUGGAAGCGGUUCGACAAGACUGGCGAUCUCUGCAAUUUCUUCCUCUCCCUUUGCGUGGGAAUCCAGACAUCGUGCAGGCAGCAGUGGAUCAAGACCGACGUGCUUUGAACUACUUGCCUCUUGAUCUUCAAUCGCUUGUCGGCAGUGACAUCCAGACUGAGCUUGGCGACAGCUCGGAUAAUGAGACCCUCCUUGCUUUCCUUCCUGUGAGAGACCGAGCACCUGCUCGUUCGAAGGCAUGUCAUGGCAGCUGCCGUCAGAGCGCUCGGCAGUGGCAAGGCCGAGCCGCUGCACUUUCCUUUGAUGAGAUGGACACAUGCCAAGACACGCAGAUCCAACGCCGGAAGCAGAGCGCUUCGACGGCGUUCGUCGAUCCACGAUGCAGGCUGACCGGACGUGGAUCUGGAUCUCAGGAAUUGAUCGGUUUCGCCAGGGAACUGGGCGGCGAUAUCCCAGUGCAUCGCCCACAGGCUAACAGAGAGCAGUUGCAGUCCCAUUGCGCGAACGAGAGCGGUUGUGGAGACCCGGCCGACGCAGAGAUGAAGUGCAGGCAGCUUCCAAUCCGAGCCGUGGUCGUCAGCCUCUUGCAGACGAAACAGCUCGGCCGGGCCUUGAAACAGGAGGAGACACAGACAGUGUUGACAGAGAUACAAGGACGUCCAAUACUUGUGGGAACAGACGACUAUGCGAAUAUCUUCAAAGCCUUCUUGAAGUUGCACCUGUGGGCACAGGUGGUGCAUCUCUGGCAAAGCAUGAAGCAAGAAGGAAUAGCCUCCAACAGCAGAGCGUCUGGAAAUGUUGCCGAGUCGUUUAUCAGAGGAGAUACAUGGGCUGCGUCUUUGGUGAUCCUGAACACAAUGCAUGCAGAGCGAUUGGGCCUACGAAAUGCCGCGCAGGGUGCUGCUCUGGCAGUCUACAGACAGCGUCGCUUGUGGCAAGAAGCCUUGCAGCAGUUUCUGCAGGAGGGAAUCUUCACGCUGCUGACAAUGAAGCGAAUGUUCUCCAUCCUUGCCGAUGCCAAGCAAGUUGGCUUGUUGCUCGCUCGUCGGUUUACACCUGGUCAGCAGCUGCAGGAGAAGGUGCAGGGUAAGCCCUCGCUGGGAAACUUGGCCAGCUUUGCCAUGGGAGGUCAUGGGGAACUGUUGGAAGCGAAGGCAUGUUUCCUCGUGGCGUCCCAGAGACCAGAUGAGGGGAUAUUGGCCGACGGUGCGGACAUUCAAUCUCGUGCUGCUCGCUUGUGCCAGGUGCAUCACGAGUUCUUGUCUUCUGCAUCUGGUUGGCAGAGUGUUCAGCAGCGAAGUGAAAUGCAGGGCGGGCAGCUUGCAGCAAGCGUUAGAGGUCUUGGCAGAGAUGAGGCACGGCUGCUUCCAUCUGAGUCUAUGGUUGGCAGAAGUAUGCAAGAUGUGAGGUUUGCCAUGCGCGAUCCAGACCUCAUCUCAUACAGCACCUGCAUAUCCGCUACAGAGAAGGAGCUGGAGCUCGGGGUUUUAGAAUCGCAGGCCUCUCGCUUGGCCAGCUGUCCUUGGUGGCAGGCACGGGACUGGGCCACCUCGCUCCUUCUUCUUCGGAAGAUCCAGACAGCGGGGUUGAGAGAAGAUGCCAUCGCAGUCAGCACAGCGAUGAAGAUCUGCGAGAAGGCCUCUGAGCCCGUGCAUCGACUGGAGCUGGGCUACAGGUAUCAUGGAAUCACCUUCGGCAGAUUUCUACGCUACACAGCACUGUGGUCCGGCACCUGCUGGAAGUGCCUGCGUGGCACAGCCAUGGAAGUCAAGAGAGCUUCAGACAAGAUCCGGGCGGUCCUGGUCCAAGGGGAUCGCAGUGCGAUCCGCUCGUGGGCCGAGGAGGCGACCGAGGAAUCCAGGGACAAGGACAGCGAGCUCAAGUCAAACUUAGGAGAUGCACGAGAAGCGCAAGCAUGCUCGGUAGAAGUAAAGUUGGAGUUGAAGGAGAUGAUGCCGAUCUUGGGAGAGGAACCCGCAAUACGCGACCAACUUGCGGCGCUUCAGACACUGGUGGAUGAGAAUCGUGGUCCUGUCGCCAUGCUGGUCUUGAAUUUCAUGCGGGCCAACGGCUUGAAAAUCAACAAGAGCCACUGCAACGUCCUGAUGAAUGUCAUGCAGGAUCCCACCUGCAAAGCAGCCGUGCGAUGGUUGGCUUGGAUGAGGUCAGCAUCCGUUCCGCCGGAUACUCGCACAUAUAAUAUUGCACUGAAGCUGAGCCGAGAGGUGCGCCAGUGGCAGAUGGCACUUCAUUUUCUUCAAGAAAUGCGUGACGUGCGCGUGGCGCCAAACGACAGAAGCUUGAAUACAGCCAUCGACGCCUGCAUAAGAGCUGGCCAGCUGCAAGCUGGUCUUCAGCUUGUGGCAUCCCUCCCCGAAAAGCGAGGGUUGGAUCUGGACGAUGUGACCCUUGGAACUCUUUUGAAAGCUUUUCAAGAUGCUGGACAGUGGGAACAAGCGCUGCUCAUCUUCAGCAGUAUACCGCGCAUGUGGCUACAGCAGACAGCUGUUCAUUUUGCUGGGGUUAUGAACUCUUGUGCAGUGUCUGGGCAGUGGGAGUGGACACUAGCGCUCCUGGACCGCAUGCAGCAUAAGCUUGUGUCUCCGGACGAAGUGUGUUACAAUACAAUCAUCAGUGCAUGCGAGGAAGGCGAACAGUGGGAGCUUGCUCUUGAAACCUUCAAUAGUAUGUUUUCCCGGCAAGUCAUACCAAACCAGCGCAGCUUUACAUCCGCAAUAAGUGCAUGUGGUACAUGUCAGCAGUGGGAAGCGGCACUUGCUCUCUUCCAUUUGAUGCCUAACCCCAACCGUAUCCAUUGGAAUGCGGUCAUAAGCUCCUCGGCACAGUCAGCUUGGCCGGCUGCUUUUGCGCUCUUUCAUCGCAUGAUCCGACGGAGUAUCCCACCUGACCUGGAUACGAUGGGCAGUGCUAUGCAGAUCUACAAAUCUGCCGGGCACUGGCAGGCUGCGUUGCAUCUGUUUGCAUCCAUGCCGGCUGUCAGCGCCGACACGCAGAGCGGCUCAACUGGAUACAACUAUGCACUGGAUGCUCUGCAUGAAGCGGACUGUGCUGCUCACCUUUGGAACCAGGCAGUGAAGGAGGCGGUGUUCCCAGUUCUGAAAUUAGGUCCGAACAAGCUGGAUCUGCACGGCCUUUCCUUCGGUGCAGCAAAACUGGCUGUGAGGUGGUGGAUUCAUGAGGUCGUGCCUGAGCUGCUUGACGCUGCGAGUCCACCACCUUACUUCCUUAUCAUCGUUGGCCGCCUCAAGGGCCGCAGGGGCGAGCCCGUCCUUCGUGGGAUGGUGAUCGAGUAUUUGGACAGCCUUGGCCUGGCCUGGAAGCAGGCCAAAGCGAGCAAGCUCGCAGACUGGGACGACUCGCUGGACGGUCUCGGUGCCAUCAAUGUCGACAAGAAGGGGCUCACGGCACAACUGCCGCCGGACAGCGUGGCAGGCAGCUCUGUGCUGCGGACUUUGCAAGAGGGGAUGCGGUGGAUGGACAACUGCCACAUGCUGCAAGACAUGAAACAGCGAGCAUUUCGGGACGACAUCAAGGCUCACAACUCGGCAGCAUCAGCCCUGGAGAAGGUGAGCAAGUGGGAAGGAGCGCUUGAAGCUGUCGAUUACUCCAGCACUCGAGGGCUGCAAAAGGACUUGGCUUCAUUUGGAGUGAUGCUGGGCGCCUGUGCGCAGGGUGGAAGUUUUCGCCUCGCGUUGUCUGGACUUCAAGACCUCGUUAGAGGAGGAUUCAGGGCCACGCCACAAUUUCUGGGCAUGGCCUUGGAGGCUGGGCGGGACGAGCCAUCGAUGGCACCUGCGGUCGUGGCUUUGCUGGGAGAGCUGAAGGAGCGGAUGGCGAAAUGGCUUCACCCACCAUCCCGGAGUUCUGACGAGGCCAUGCUUGGCAUCCGCGAGUCCUCCGCGGCUGUCGAGAUGCUGCACCAGCACGAUGUCCUGGAAGCGCAAACAUACACAGCCUUUCAGAAGCGAGCUUGCCGGCCACUCCUUGCUGCGUUGAGUCUCCCAGAAGGGAGCGACAACAGUGAGCUACUGAGAUUGGCUAAGUCUGCAGUUUUCCACCUGGUUUUCUGGUUGCUGGUGGCUGUUGAGGCGGCUCGGCUGGCGGCCGUCGGCAGCCUCGGGCUUCCCUUUACCUUGGAUGCCUUCGCUGUGAUCCAGGCAUCCGGUGCAUCCACCGGGUGUUCCCUGCCGCGAUGCACUGGUCUCCUGUCGCACGCGCCCGACAGGCGCAACGUGUUUCGCCAAGCUGUGAGAGAUGCUGAGCAUGGUCUCUCCGAUUCUUCGCAGCACUCCUGGGAGGUUUCAGACAGCUAUGACUGGAAACAGGAGACAACUGGCAACUAUCACGUGGAGGGCAGGCUGAUGGUCGGACCCUACAAGGAUAUCCGGGAGAAACUGGACUUCGACCACCACGGCUGCUAUAACGUGAGGCGCCAGCAGCUCCAAGAUGAAAUCAUCAGCAAGGUUGUUGGAAGCGGCAAGCGAAAUCCAUACCCGUGGAUAGUCUUCACAGCUGGGUCUUUCUUCGCCGGGAAAUCAUGGGUGGCGUCUUGGAUGCUUGAACAGGGCUACCUACCCUUCGAUGAUGUGGUGCGAACAGAUCCGGAUCUCAUACGCACACAGUUGCCAGAGUGGUCAGGCUAUCUCUCCAGAGACGGCCCAGAAGCUGCCGUUAUGACGCAAAGGGAAGCAGGGACCUGCGCUCUUAUUGCACAGUGGGAAGCCAUGCGUCAAGGUCGACACAUACUGGUUGAUGGCUCCUUGCGGAACGCCAGCCGCCAGCAGUCGUUUUUUGCAGAGAUUCGUGAAGCUUAUCCCGAAUACCGAAUUGCAAUCAUUCAUGUUUUUGCAAGUUGGGAUGCAAUGCAGAAGAGGUCGACGGUCGCACGUGAGGGCGGACGUGUCACCAGCCCAAAGGCUCUGCGCACGUCCUUCGAUGCCGUGAGAAGCUCUGUUUCUGAACUCGAAUCACUUGCUGACUUGACCAUGCAUAUCAACAACGAUGGCUUCCCACCACAGCUGCUAUACAUGACCUUCGCGCAGAAGUGCAGGAAGGUUCGAAGGUGGAACGAAGUUCGCACUGCUUUCCUGCAGAUUCCAGGACUCAAGAUACCUUCCUUUCGCUCCUUGUUACUGCUUAUCAUGAUCUCUGGACUCGCAUGCCUUUUGCUUCCCUGGGACCAUCGCCUUGGCAGCUGA